ACCUAUGUAUUAUUUUCAGAUAGAAGAGAUAUCAUUUUAUUUACCUGCUGAAUAUCGUUCCAGGAUCUCAGUUAGCGUUGACACAUGUAAACAAUUAAUCCACUAACUGAAAACAACAAAUAAUUGUGUUAAAAUACCAUACAAUAAACUAGCCAACAACUAAGAUGGACACGACAGCACAAAUAAAAUUGAGGCGUUACCGCCCCACCACUCCUAAAAGCACAGUUUCGCCCCCACUGAUUCCGUUUAAGUAAUGUCGAACUCUUAGUAGAGCCUGACUGAUCUCUCUCCAACGACUGUUUUGUGCGAAUGUACAAAAGUCCACAAGUUGAGUAGUUACGUUUCAGAUAGUGUAUGAUAAGGGCGAUAUGACAACCAAGUCAGAUUAUCAGCGAACAUACGUUGCAUAUGGAGAAGAUCCAAGACAACAGUAUAGCCCCGCCUCUCAGAAUGAAGGGGCGGAACCGUCACCCCACUCCAGAGCAGCCACUCCUCUGGAAUGCCUCACGUAUACGACUGAAGUUGACCAAGACAAUUAUCCAGCAUUAGUCAGAUCGGACGGGAGGUAUAUGCCGUUCACUUUAGAGGUUCCACUAGAAGAGGCUAAUGGCACCGAGUACUUACAACUGGGACCGACAGCAAUUGCGAACGGUUCUCCAACACAAGGAAGCGGUGGUAGUCCUAGUCCUGGCUCACCAAGAGUUUACAGUCUUUCCGCCAUACAUUCGGGAGAUGAGCAUCAGUCCACCAUUGAAGGAUCUCAGCUAACUCAACUCACAAGCCAUAUCAGUUACACUGGUGUUGGUAUAAGUUCUCCCAAUUCAGCAAACAUGUCUAGUCCGUUGUAUUCGAGGGGCUCGGGUACCUACACCACGGGUACAAUGCCCUAUUAUAAUAGCUCCCCAGAACUGACUACACAACAAUCACAAUUGUGGACAAAUUCCGGUGUUAACACAACAGGAUCCUUGUCCUUAGCAGAAGACUAUCCUAAAGUAACCUCCUCAUCCACAUCGUUACCUGGUUUCAGUAGGUUGCCAACAACUUUUACAAACAACCACAAUCAUCACCGAAGCACCACGUACUUACCCAAUGCCAUCUAUGGCGAAUGGCCGUCAUACGCGACUGACCAGUAUGGUCUUAACUCUUCAGCACAAAGGAGUCGACCGAUCUCAGCAGCAGCUUCGUUGUCAGCAAUGGCGGCAGAGCCGGGCCACGGGGGUGUUCCCGAUUACUACAAGAACUACUAUACUGGGUACAAUGGGGUUCGAAACCCCACCGUGCCGGGCCCUGAAGAAAAGUCAAAUCGACGAUUGUCUGCUUCUCGACGAGCUGGCUUGACCUGCACCAACUGCCAUACAAGUACUACAUCACUUUGGAGAAGAAAUGCAUUAGGGGAACCAGUUUGUAAUGCUUGCGGACUCUAUUACAAAUUGCACUCAGUCAACAGACCUCUAUCGAUGAAAAAAGAUAGUAUACAGGUAAAAAACACGCAUACAUUUUAAAGCUUAUGUUUAGUUACAGUUGAGAAAAUUCCGUAUGUAGAGAAAAGCUUAUCUGCAUCCGUUUCUUUUUGUUAAUGCUUAUUUCUUUUUCGUAGCUCCAUAAUGUGUUUUUUCGAAAUGUUUUC